UCAGUUUCGUGCGCAGCGCGCAGGGGCAGGAGCGCAGGGGGCCGGAGCGCAGCCGGCACCUGCCCUGUGGAAACAACCUGAAAAUCCAGCUCCUCCCACAAGACUUGGCCCAGGUACUCAUGAGACAGUCUCUGCGGACACCCUCGAACAUCUAGGAUGAACCAGAAGGCCAAGGAUGGUUACCCGUGAAGAGCUUGAUGCUGUGCCCCAAGAGGAUUGAGUGCUAAUGGUAGAAAUAAAGGUGUUGUGUCAGACUAGCAGGAAGACACAUUUGAGGAUGAAGGACUUCCACAGGAAUUAUACCGUCCAGGCACACCUCACUUCCACCUGACACCUCGCAGUCUUGGCCGAUUUCUUUACGGACAUCAUGGACUUUGAACACUGUAACCCGGAAAAGAAGCUGUGCCCUCGGCCAUAACCACAACCUCUUCCCAAGAUCACACAAAGUCUGGGGACUUGGCCCUGUCUGGUGCCAUUAGGGCUCCAAGGCCUCAGAAAUGUACUGACCUGACAGGCAAGAAAUCUCAGUUCUGAGCUUCGCUCUGCCAUGGACUUGCAAUAUGGCUUUGGGUACAUCCUUUACCCUUCCUUGGCCUUAGUCUUCCCAUCUGUUCAGUGGGGACGGUGAUCGGUGCCUACUCCAUGGAUGUGAGCAUGUUUCAUGAAUUCUGAAGCUCUGUGUCUGAAAGAAGAGCUAUUACUAUCAGUCCAGUUGCCAAGAGCCAGCUCCUCAUGGACCCCGACAGCCUCCAGCUGGGCACCAAGAACCUAUGGAGCUGGCUCGUGAGCCUGCUCAGCAAAGACCCAGAAUGGCUGAAUGCCAAGGUGAAGUUCUUCCUCCCCAAGAUGGACCUGAGCUCCAGGAACAAGGCCGAGGAUGCCACACAGGGUGUCAUGCUACAACUCAGCAGACUGCACACUCAAGGCCAGGCCACUUGGCAGGCGUUCAUCCAUUGUGUGUGCAUGGAACUUGAUGUCCCACUGGACCUGGAGGUGCUGCUGCUGAGCACUUGGGGCCACGGAGAUGGGUUGCCCAGCCCGCUGGGAGCUGGUGAAGAAUGCCGACCUGAAUCUCAGCUCCACCAUGGGCUCAAGCGGCCUCAUGAGAGCUGUGGGUCCUCACCCCGCCCGAAGCAGUGUAGGAAGCAGCAACUAGAGCUGGCCAAGAGGUACCUGCAGCUGCUGAGGACUUCUGCCCAGCAGCGCUAUGGCAGCAGGAUGCCCAAGCCAGGGCAACCCCUCGCCCUCCACCAGGUCUACAUCCCCCCGAUCCUGCAGUGGAGCCGGGCCACAGCACCCUUCAACACUCAGGAGGGGGCCAUCCUGGGCGACCCCAAGGCAGAAGAUGGCACUGAUGCUAGCCUCCGGGACCUCUUCAGCACUAAGGCUGACAAGGGCCCGAAGAUGACAGUACUCCUGGGGAAGGCAGGCAUGGGCAAUACCACACUGACCCACCGGCUCUGCCAGAAGUGGGCGGAAGGCCAGCUGGACCGCUUCCAGGCCCUGUUCCGUUUUGAAUUCCGCCAGCUCAACCUGAUCACAAGGUCCCUGACGCUUCCCCAGCUCCUUUUUGAUCUGUACCUGAGCCCCGAGACGGGUGCCGACUUGGUCUUCCAGUACCUGGAGCAGAAUGCUAAUGGAGUCCUGCUGAUCUUUGAUGGGCUGGACCAGGCCCUCCACCCCCAUUCUAGCAAGGAUGCUGCAGGUCCUGAGGCCCUAAGUCCAGCCCUUGCCCUCUUCUCCGGCCUCUGCAAAGGGACCCUCCUUCCUGGCUGCUGGGUGUUGGCCACCUCCCGUCCAGGGAAGCUGCCCGACUGCCUGCCCACAGAGGCAGCCAUGGUCCAUAUGUGGGGCUUUGAUAGGCCACGGGUAGAGGAGUAUAUGGGCCGCUUCUUCAGCAACCAGCCGUGGCAGGAGGCAGCCCUGGCACAGCUGAGGGGCAACAGACAUCUGCAGAGCAUGUGCGCGGUGCCUGCAGUGUGCCAAGUCACCUGCCUCUGCCUCUACCAUCUACUCCCAAGCAGCUCUCCAGGCCAAGCUGUGGCCCUUCUGCCCACUGUGACUCAGAACUAUGUGCAGAUGGUAUCUAUCCUCGGCCCCCGGGGGCCCCUGCUUCCUGAGUCCCUACUGGGCCUCAGCGAGGUGGCCCUGAGGGGUCUGGAGACCGGGAAGGUUAUCUUCUCUGUAGGAGACAUCCCUGCACCCAUGAUGGCCUUUGGGGCUGCUCUCGGUUGGUUGACCUCCUUCUGCAUCUGCACAGGCCCUGGGCACCAGGACACAGGCUAUGCCUUCACUCACCUCAGCCUGCAGGAGUUUUUUGCUGCCUUGCACCUGAUGGCCAGCCCCGAUGUAGACAAAAACGCACUCACCCACUAUGUCACCCUCAGUUCACACUGGGUGCUGCGGACCAAAGCGAGACUAGGCCUCUUAGACCACCUCCCCACCUUCCUGGCAGGGCUGGCAUCCCGCGCCUGCUGUCCCUUCCUCAGCCACGUGGCACAAAGAGAUGAGGUGUGGGUGGGUGCUAGGCAGGCUGAGGUGAUGCAGGCCUUGAGGAAGUUGGCCACCCGCAGGCUCACGGGACCGAAGGUUGUGGCACUCUGUCACUGCGUGGUUGAGACCCAGGAGCCUGAGUUGGCCAGCCUCAUGGCCCAAAGCCUCCCCUGUUACCUGUCUUUCCAUAAUUUCCCACUGACCUACGCUGACCUGGCUGCCUUGAACAACAUCCUGGGGCACAGGAACACCCCCAUCCAACUGGGUUUUGAGGGCUGCCCCCUGGAGCCCCACUGUCCUGAGGCCCUGGCAGGCUGUGAGCCGGUAGAGGAUCUCAGCUUUAAGAGCAGGAAGUGUGGAGAUGCCUUUGCAGAAGCCCUCUCCAGGAGCCUGCCGACAAUGGGGAGCCUGAAGAAGCUGGGGUUAGCAGGAAGUAAGAUUACCGCCCAAGGCAUCCACCACCUGGUGCAGGCUUUGACUCUCUGUCCACAGCUGGAAGAGGUCAGAUUUCAGGACAACCAGCUCAAGGACUGGGUAUUGCUGAACAUUGUGGAGGGACUUCUUUGCUUGCCACGGCUCCAGAAGCUUGACCUGAGCCGCAACAGUGUCUCCAUGUCAACCUUACUCUGCUUGACAAAGGUAGCAGUCACAAAACCUACUGUCAGGAUGCUGCAGGUCAGGGAGGCGGACCUCAUCUUCCUUCUUUCCCCGUCCAUAGAGACAGCUGCAGAGCUUGAAGGGGCAUCAGACCUACAGGGAAAUGCCAGCCAGAGGAAAGAGGCUCAGAGCAGAAACCUGGCACUCAGGCUUCAGCAGUGUGAGCUCGGGGUCCAUGACGUGCAGGAACUAAUAGCCCAGCUCCAGGAAGGCCCCCACCUAGACGAAGUGGAUCUCUCAGGGAACCAGCUGAACGAUGAAGGCUGUUGUCUGAUGGCAGAGGCUGCAGCCCAGCUGUACAUCGCCGGGAACCUGAACCUCAGUGACAACGGGCUGACCAUGGACGGGGUGCACAGGGUGCUGAGCGCAGUGAGCAUGUGCCAGACCCUAGCGGAGCUACACAUCAGCCUGCUGCACAAAACUGUUGUCCUCACUUUUGCCCCGGAGCAGGAGGAACAGGAAGCAAUGCAGGAGAGGGGUGCACUCCGUGACAGCCUCAUGCACCAGAGGCCCCGUGAGCUGUCCCCACACUCCGCGAGGAUGAGGCUGACACACUGUGGCUGGCAAGCCAAACACCUCGCACAGCUCUGCGGGGUGCUGGGAGGAAGCCGCCACCUCCGUCACCUUGACUUCUCAGGCAAUGCUCUGGGGGAUGAAGGCGCCGCCCAGCUGGCUCAGCUGCUCCCAGGGCUGGGUACGCUACAGUCCUUAAACCUCAGUGAGAACGGCUUGUCCCUGGAUGCAGUGUUCAUUUUGACCCAGUGCUUCUCGACUCUGCAGUGGCUUCUCCACCUGGAUGUCAGCUUUGAGAGUCAGCACAUCGUCCUGAGAGGUGACAGAAGAGGCAGGGAUUCGUUGGCUGGUGGACCUUUGGCAGAGUUCCCAGCUGGAGCCCAAUUCUUGGCGUUUGAUCAGCGCUGCGUCCCCAGGAGCUUCUGCCUCCGGCAGUGCCUCCUGGAGCCCCCGAGCCUCGCCCGCCUCUGUGACGCUCUGGAGAAGUGCCCGGGGCCUCUGGAAGUCAAGUUGUCCUGUGAGGCCCUGAGUGACCAGAGCCUGGAGACCCUGCUGACCCGCUUGCCCCGGCUUCCCCAGCUCAGCCUGCUGCAGCUGAGCGAGACGAGGCUGUCCCCAAGGAGCCCGCUCUUGCUGGCCGACCUCUUCAGCCUGUGCCCACGGGUCCAGAAGGUGGAUCUCAGGUCCCUGUAUCACACAACCCUGCACUUCAGCUCUAGCGAGGAGCAGAAAGGCAAGCACUGUGGCAGGUUCACGGACUGUGGCCUCAGUCAGGAUCAUGUGGAGCCGCUGUGCUGGCUGCUGAGCAAAUGUGAAGACCUCAGCCAGCUGGACCUCUCGGCAAACCUGCUGGGUGAUGACGGGCUCAAGUGCCUCCUGCAAUGUCUGUCUCAGUUGCGCAUCUCCGGCUCUCUUGAUCUGAGUCACAACAGCAUCUCCGUGGAAGGUGCUCUGUGCCUGGUGAAGGCUCUCCCCUCCUGCCCACACGUCCGGGAGGCCUCCGUGAACCUGGGCUCUGAGCAGAGCUUCUGGGUCCACUUCUCCCGACAGGAGGAGGCUGAGAAGACGCUAAGGCUGAGCCAGUGCGGUUUCAGGCCAGAGCACGUGCCCAGGCUGGCUGCCAGCCUGAACCGGGCCCAGGGGCCGACGGCGCUCACGCUGGCCCAGUGCUGCCUGUGCCUGGAGCAGCUGACCGUCCUCCUGAGUCGGCUGUGGCGGCCGCUGGGGCUGUUGAAUCUCAGGGUCGAGGAGCCGUGGGUGGGCAAAGUCGGGGUCCUCACGCUGCUAGAAGUCUGCACCCAGGCCUCAGGCAACAUCACUGAACUAAGCAUUUCCAAGAGCCAGCAGCAGCUCUGUCUCCAGCUGGAGUUUCCCCAUAAGGAGAACCCGGAGGCCGUGGCCCUCAGAUUGGCUCAUUGUGACCUUGGGACCCAGCACAACCUUCUUGUCUGCCAGCUGAUGGAGACGUGUGCCAGGCUGCGGCAGCUCAGCUUGUCCCAGGUGAGCCUCUGCGACACCAGCUCCCUGCUGCUGCAGAGUCUCCUGCCGGCCCUCUCUGAGCUGAAGACAUUCCGGCUGACCUGCAGCUGUGUGAGCUCCGAGGGCCUGUCCCACCUGACAUCUGGUCUGAGCCACUGCCUCUACCUGGAGGAGCUGGACUUGUCCAACAAUCAACUUGGCGAGGAGGGCACCCAAGUGCUGAUGAGGGUCCUGGAGGGCAAGUCCCAGCUGAAGAGGCUGGACCUCAGCCAUCUCCCACUGGGCGGCUCCAGCCUGGCCAUGCUCACCCAAGGACUGAGCCACAGGACCCUCCUGCAGAGCCUCCGCUUGAGCCACAACCAGAUUGGAGACACCGGAGCCCAGCACUUAGCGGCCGUCUUGCCGGGCUUGCCCGAGCUCAGGAAGAUAGACCUCUCAGGAAAUGGCAUUGGCCCGGCCGGGGGAGCACGGUUGGCAGAGUCUCUCGCCCUCUGCAAGCACUUGGAGGAGCUGAUGCUUGGCUGCAAUGCCCUGGGGGACAGCACGGCCCUGGAGCUGGCCCAGGGACUGCCCCAGCACCUGAGAGCCCUGCACCUGCCGUCCAGCCGUCUGGGCCCAAAGGGGGCGCUCAGCCUGAGCCAGGCCUUGGAUGGAUGCCCGUAUGUGGAAGAGAUCAGCUUGGCAGAGAACAGUCUGGCCAGAGGGUUCCCACAAUUCUGUAAGGGGCUCCCACUGCUCAGGCGGAUAGAACUGGUUUCGUGUGAGAUUGACGACCACACCGCCAAGCCCCUCGCUGCCAGCCUGCUGCUCUGCCCGGCCCUGGAAGAAAUUCUGCUGUCCUGGAAUCUGCUGGGGGACGAGGCGGCGGCCGAGCUGGCGAGGGUCCUGCCGCAGAUGGGCCGGCUGAAGAGAAUGGACCUGGAAAAGAAUCGGAUCACAGCUUGUGGGGCCCAGCUUCUGGCUGAAGGGUUGGCACAAGGCUCUGGCAUCCAAGUCAUUCGCCUCUGGAACAACCGCAUUCCCCCUGACACGGUCCGGCGUCUGCAGAGCCAGGAGCCCAGGCUGGACUUUGCUUUCUUUGACAAGCAGCCGAAAGCCCCUUGGGGUACUUGAUGGCCCUCUCGAGAGCCUUCGAAUGCAGCCAAGUGAAGCCAGCUUCCACCCACCAGGACCGAGGGCUCAGGCGAAGAGCCACAGCGGGUCCCCUGUGUGCAGCCCUAGGAGGGCGGGGCAUUUUUGUCUUCAGGAAGGGACCAGAAGCCUAGAAUGGCCAAUAGACUCCCCUGCAUCACGUGUGAUAGGCAUGGCCAGUUGGGGACAUGUCGCACAAUGAGAGUGUCAUGAUGUGAUGCAUGGCGGAGAAGUCACCCACGGCAGAAUUCCACACUACGUUACACAGAGCUUGCGGUGUGGCCUCUGGGUCACUGUCGUGGGUCCUAGCACCGCAUAUGGCAUGACAAGUGAUUUGUGGUUCAUAUAUGACACGUGACAAAUGCUUAUAUCGUAUAGUAUGUGCUAGCCAGAUACCCCCAGCCUAGUUCAAAAUCUAAUUUAUUACUUUUGAAAGCCAGGGAAGUAUUUAUAUAUUGCCUUUCUGGAGCAUCUAAGCUAGGAAAUGUCCCCCACUCAGGACCGGGGAUGGGGAGAGAGUAUCCAAGCACUGACCAGUCCAGUGGCCUGAGAACUGAGCCAGGGACUCAGCCAUGAGGCUUUUGGGUGAGUCCCCUCCUGCCUCAAGGCCCAGUUUCCCAUCUCGUAAAUGGGAUGACACCUUCCUCCUAAACGCUGGCUUCCAAGGACUUUGGGAGCAGGGUGAGGUACAGUCCUUGGGAAUGACCAGGCCCCCUCUGACCUACGUAAGGGGGGAAACUGGGUCUAAGGGUGUGGGGAUAGGCACUACCAAGAUAUUCAGGCAAGGCCACUGGGUCCAGCCACUACCUCAGCAGGACCCAGGGGAGUUUCCGGGACCUGUACGUGCCACAUAACAUUCUUGUUACUUCCAAGGAUGGCUCUGCUACACUCUAAGCCAAAGUUGACCAAUAAAUGUGGAUGGUGUUGCAGCCUCUACCCUGA